AUGAUGUUCACCAAGACUCUCGGCCUUGCUGCCCUCUUCUCCACCAUCGCCUCAGCCCUCCCAUCGGCCAUUGCCCGCCGUGACGGUGGCGGUGUCAAGGUCACCAACAACCUCGCGCAGGACGUUUACGCCUGGUCCGUGGCCGGCGACGUCGGCCCCAUGCAGACCAUCAAGGGCGGUGGCGGCGUCUACUCCGAGACCUGGCGUACCAACCCCAACGGCGGCGGCAUCUCUAUCAAAUUGGCCCUCGACCAGGACCAGCACGACGUCCUCCAAUUCGAGUACACCGAGGCUGGCGACACCAUCUUCUGGGACAUGUCUUGCAUUGACAUGGAGGCUGGCAAGAACCCGUUCACCGACUUCGGCUUCUCCGUCAUCCCUACUGAUGAAACCUCCACUUGCCCCAAGGCCAUUUGCAAGGCUGGUGACAGCUCUUGCUCCGCCGCCUACCUCAAGCCCACUGAUGACCACGCCACCCACGGUUGCCCGAUCGACACCGCUCUCGAUCUCACUCUUGGUCUGUCCUAA